AUGACUGCGGAAGCUCUUGUUAAUGGUACUUCUUAUACCACGCUAGUGGCUCACUCCCAAGAGUCUUUCAAGAAUGCUGUGGAAUUUUACAAGAACUUCUUGUCCUUGAUGAAGUUGAACGACAAGAACGCCAAUGAGGCUACUCUGUAUAACUCUUCUGUCUGUUUGAAGAUUGUCCUAGAGGAGGACAGCUCCAAGAACCAGGCUGCUAUGCACAGAGUCACCAAGUUGUCUGAGAUGUCCAAGAAGCAGGACUGGAGAGCCCAAGUCAAGGACUCUCUUGUCUUCAACAUUGUCGACAUCCAAUCCAUCCAAAAGUCUUUGAUUGCAAACAACUUCCCUAUCCAAGCAUACCCAACCACUUUGCAACCAAUGCAACUUUUUACCAUCGACCCAUUGGGUAACGUUGUCGGUGUUACUUGCACAAAGAACGCCGCCUCCACCAGACCAACCAAGCCACAAGCUGAUGUCACCACCGUCCCACCAUCUGCUUUGGCCUCUAAUGUACCAUCUGCCUUGCCAUCCAAGGUCCAAUCAUUCACAGACUUGUCCUACUGUAUGAAGACAACCGACCACUACCCAUCCUUGCCAACUAAGGCUACUAGAGUCACUCCAGAGUCCAAGAAGGCCAUUGCCGUUAUGACCUCUGGUGGUGAUGCUCCAGGUAUGAACUCCAACGUCCGUGCUAUUGUCCGUUCUGCUCUAUUCAAGGGCUGUCGUGCAUUCGUCGUCAUGGAAGGUUACGAAGGUUUGGUCCGUGGUGGUCCAGAAUACAUCAAGGAAUUCAGCUGGGAAGAUGUCAGAGGCUGGUCCACUCAAGGUGGUACCAACAUCGGUACUGCCCGUUGUAUGGAAUUCAGAGAAAGAAAGGGUCGUCUGUUAGGUGCCCAACACUUGAUCGAAGCCGGUGUCGAUGCUUUGAUUGUUUGUGGUGGUGAUGGUUCCUUGACUGGUGCUGACUUGUUCAGAUCCGAAUGGCCAUCUUUGAUCGACGAACUUCUAAAGGAAAACAGAAUUGACAACGACCAAUACGAAAGAUACAAGCACUUGAACAUCUGUGGUACUGUUGGUUCCAUCGAUAACGAUAUGUCUACCACUGAUGCUACCAUCGGUGCUUACUCUGCCUUGGACAGAAUCUGUACCGCUAUCGACUACGUUGAAGCCACUGCUAACUCCCACUCCAGAGCUUUCGUUGUCGAAGUCAUGGGUAGAAACUGUGGUUGGUUAGCUCUAUUGGCUGGUAUCGCCACUUCCGCUGACUACAUCUUCAUUCCAGAAAAGCCAGCUACUUCUUCCGAAUGGCAAGAUCAAAUGUGUGACAUUGUCGCCAAGCACAGAUCCAGAGGUAAGAGAACCACCAUCGUUAUUGUUGCCGAAGGUGCUAUCGCUAACGAUCUAACUCCAAUUUCUCCAAGUGAUGUUCACAAGGUUCUUUGUGACAGAUUAGGUCUAGACACCAGAAUCACAACUCUAGGUCACGUUCAAAGAGGUGGUACCGCUGUCGCUUACGACCGUAUCUUGGCCACUCUACAAGGUAUUGAAGCUGUUAAUGCUGUCUUGGAAAGUAAGCCAGACACUCAAUCUCCAUUGAUUGCCAUUAACGAAAACAAGAUCACUCGUAAACCUUUGGUUGAAUCUGUCAAGUUGACCAAGUCUGUUGCAGAUGCUAUCCAAGCCAAGGACUUCAAGAAGGCUAUGUCUCUAAGAGACACUGAGUUCAUCGAGCACAUGAAGAACUUCAUGGCCAUUAACUCUGCUGACCAUAAUGAACCAAAGUUGAGUGAAGACAAGAGAUUGAAGAUCGCCAUCGUCAAUGUCGGUGCACCAGCUGGUGGUAUCAACUCUGCCGUCUACUCUAUGGCUACCUACUGUAUGUCCCAAGGUCACAAACCAUACGCCAUCUACAACGGUUUCUCCGGUUUGGCUAGACAUGAAAGUGUUCGCUCCCUAAAAUGGCAAGAUAUGCUGGGAUGGCAAUCCCGUGGUGGUUCUGAAAUCGGUACCAACAGAGUCACCCCAGAAGAAGCUGAUCUAGGUAUGGUCGCUUACUACUUCCAAAAGUACCAAUUCGAUGGUUUGAUCCUAGUCGGUGGUUUCGAGGCUUUCGAAUCUCUACACCAAUUGGAAAGAGCUAGAGAAACCUACCCAGCUUUCAGAAUCCCAAUGGUUUUGAUUCCAGCUACCCUAUCCAACAACGUUCCAGGUACUGAAUACUCCCUAGGUUCUGACACUGCUUUGAACGCUCUAAUGGAAUACUGUGACAUUGUUAAGCAAUCUGCUUCAUCUACCAGAGGUAGAGCUUUUGUUGUUGAUGUUCAAGGUGGUAACUCCGGUUACCUGGCCACUUACGCUGCUUUGGCUGUCGGUGCUCAAGUUUCCUAUGUCCCAGAAGAAGGUAUUUCUCUAGAACAAUUGUCUCAAGAUAUCGAAUACUUAGCUGAAGCUUUUGAAGUUGCUCAAGGUAGAGAAGGUUUCGGUAAGUUGAUCUUGAAAUCUACUAAUGCUUCUAAGGCUUUGACUGCUGAGAAGUUGGCUGAAGUUAUCACCGCUGAAGCUAACGGCAGAUUCGAUGCCAAGGCUGCUUACCCAGGUCACGUCCAACAAGGUGGUCUACCAUCUCCAAUUGACAGAACUAGAGCUACUAGAUUCGCUAUCAGAGCUGUUGACUUCAUUGAAGAACAACAAUCUGUUAUUGCUAACGCCCGUGCUGCCAACGAUGUAUUUGUUGCUGAUGACAAGGAUGUUGAAUCUACUGCCACUGUAUUGGGUGUCAAGGGUUCUCAAAUUGUCUUCUCCUCUAUCAGACAACUAUAUGAUUUCGAAACUGAAGUCGGUAAGAGAAUGCCAAAGGUCAUUCACUGGCAAAACGCCAGAGCUAUUGCUGACCACUUGGUUGGCAGAAAGAGAGUUGAUUAG